AAUAAACGUAGGCUAUCCGUCAGAGAAAUUGUUGUGAUAUGUUUCAUGAUAUGUUACGUAGUUAUUUCUCAACCUUUAAGCCUCAGUGUUUGAUAACUCGAAACUUAGUGUGGAGCUGAUUAUAAGUCUGUAACGGGACUGUAUUCUGAACAGUUACAAAGAAUGGAAUUUUUGAAAGGAGAUGAGAAUACCGAAGUUCUCCAGAAAGUUACUAAAUUGAUGCAAAGUUUCGAAAACCAGGUGGAGAGCUUAAAAUCCGAAGUCAACAGUGGUGAUCUUACAGAAAAGAUUAAAUCAGGCACGUCAAACGAAACAGUUAUACUGCAAGAUCUACUCAACACAAACUUACCAGCUUUAGCAAUCGUUCUUGAUAAACUUUUGGAACAGAAAGAUGAUUUGUCAGUUCAGAAACGACUGGAAUAUCUUGGACUUCGUCAACAUGUAGCAAUGUCCUUAGAAACAUUCACUAAGGCAAGAACAAUAGCUGAGGAGAUGUAUCAACUUGCUAAAGAUUUACAUCAAUCAACAACAACAUAUUAUCUUGAUGCUCAAGUAGCUAUAACUACAGCAUAUAACUCACUAUUCCAGGCCUGCAUAUGCUGUUUUCUUGUUUGCAGGUACCAAGGAGCUCUAGAAGAAGCAAAGAAAUACCUUGACGAAGCAAAAUGUGUAGCAGAAAAGUCUAAUAAUGAUGAUGACCACCAGAUGGCGCUUAUUCAUCAUGCAGAUUGGCUAUUGGCCAAAGGAAAUUUGAAUUAUGCCAUCAAUGAAUUUUUAGAUCCCCUGCUUCAUAAGAAAAACCUGAGUAUGAAAAACAAAGGAUUUUUAUUACAGAAACUUGGAAAUGCCUGCCGCUCCGCAGCUCAGUGGGGACCUGCUAAGCAUCAUUUGAGAGAAUCUAUCCGUCUGGCUCAAAGUCUAGGAGAUAAAGUGGCCGAAUAUGACCGGGCUACAGAUCUUGGAAAUGUGUACAGAUCUGAAGGAAGAAUUUCUGAUGCCAUAAAGCAUCAAUCUCGUCACAUGGCUUUUGCAUUUCAAAGAGGGGACUUGUGGGGUCUGUCAGUAGCGUGUUUCAACAUGGGAUUUGCAUACUUCUCCAUUUCCCCUAAGCCGGAUUUAGAAAGAUCCAUGAUCUUUUUAGUUGUAAAGAAUAUCCUGUCUUUGAGAACACACAACGAACCCCUUCGAGGAAUCGCUUUAAGCAAUUUAGGAAAAGUGUUUUGUGCUUUAGGUCAGUACGAAACUGCAAUAAAAGCCUUACAAGAAGGUGUCAACGUUGCUAAGGCAACUGGGAAUAUUGCUGGUGAAGGGAUGGCUUACGGAAAUAUAGGUACAGCAUUUAGACAUCUUGGCAAAUUUGACGAAGCUAUAAUACAUCAUGAAAAGUACAGAGUGAAUGGAUUACAGCGAGGAGAUGACGGAGGUGUCGCCAUCAUGCUACGAGAAAUGGCUUUAGACUACCUGUUGAAAGGGGAUUUAGAAAAUGCUGAGAUGCAGGUAAAAAAGGCCAUUAUCACACUUGAAACUAUUCGUACAAAACUGGGCACUGAAGAUUCCUCAAGACUAGCAAAUUUUGAUAAAAACCAAGCAGAAGCAUAUAAUUUCCUUCAGGUUAUUUUAGUGAAGCAGGGAAGGAUUAAAGAAGCUUUGGCGCUUUCAGAAUUUGCUAGGGGAAGAGCUAUUACGGAUGUCAUAAGGGACAACUCGCUGAAAAAUCUGAAAGAUUCACCAUCUUCGUGGUUGUGGAGAGACGACAUCAUUCUCAAAACUGAGAUGAGAGAAGAAUUGGUUAACGACAUCAUUCAAGACUUUUAUUCAACUGCAGACUUGCUAAACUCCAGCUUUUUGGUGUACUCUGUUGUUAAGAGUUACACCCCCGACAGAAAGCCAGAGAAGAUGUUGUAUAUCUGGGUCAUCAAAUGUUCUGCGCAUGUGCAGGAAGGAGAAGAUAGAAUCGGGUUUGCAAGUGUACAACUGAAAGAAGAAAAUUUUGACAGUAAACUUGUAGAGGACAACAAAUUUUUUUCAAGUUUAUGUCGUUCCUUUGCAUAUGUGAAUCUGUCAAAUGAUGAAAUUCUCAGACCGUUAGUCUCGGAAAAAAACACAGAUACAAUUACCCAAGAAGAACCAGAAGACGUUGACGACGUGAUCCCAGACUUUCCUGACACGAAAAGCGCUAAACACUUUGUUAGUUUGCUGAAUGCACUCAAGCUAGAUCAGAAGGAAACAGGCCGUGAAGAAGGAAGAAGUAAAGAUAAAUCUACUGAAAGUAGACGAGGAACGGAACUUUCAAAGGAUGGGGUUUUAGAAGACAACAGUUCUUCCAAACCCAACGAGAAAAUGUCUGAAAUUGAAAGGAUUACUAUUCUACGAAGCCAGUGGGAAAAGGAGGGCCAACAGCAGUUGAAACUGCUUUAUAGGAUCUGUAUAGAACCAAUAAUCCAAGUUCUGCCUACCUCUCGCGACGGGGUUUCUACACGGUUAAUUGUUAUUCCACAAGAAUUCUUGUUCAGUGUUCCUUUCUGUGCACUGAAGAGCCCAAACGGAAGAUAUUUUAUUGAAGAUUAUAUUAUAUCUUACGCUCCAAGUCUUCGUGCCAUGCGUCUUCUCCAUUUACGUAAUUCGCAUCUCCAAAAACUACAAGGAAAUCGAAAUCGAAGGGUUUUAGCUAUUGGUAAUCCAAAAAUGGCCGUAGGCAACCUUCCAGAGCUAGAGUUUGCCGCCAAGGAGGCUUUCAUGGUACAGAGAAUUUUUGGUGCUGAUGAUUGCACAGUAGCAACAGGAGAACAGGCCAAGAAAUCAUUUGUUUUGGAAAAACUCAAAGAAGUGGACAUUAUUCAUCUAGCCUCUCAUGCAGCACCACGUGACCCAGUGGUAGACGAAACAACAGUUGCUGACGGAGAUUACUUGAUGAGGGGUUUCGUUAUUCUGGCACCUUCAAGUGACCAGUGUGAAGGAAUUCUACUCGCCCGAGAAAUUGAGCAGGUGCCUUGCUCGUGUCAACUUGUCAUGCUUAGUUGCUGUGAAACUGGCUUAGGGAAGGUCACAGGUGAUGGCGUUGUAGGACUGUACAGGUCUUUUUUAGCAGCUGGAGCUACUGGAGUGGUUGUUACUCUAUGGGAAAUCAGAGAUGAUAUUACUCUAGAAUUUAUGGAGACGUUCUACAAUCAUUACAGAAACAAAGACGACGUUCCAGCAGCUCUGAGAGCGGCCAUGAUGUAUCUGUUAAAAGACAGAGAGCUUCCCCCAAGUCAGUGGGCGGCCUUCUCACUCAUAGGUGUUUCUAGAGAAAAGAAAACAAUGUAAUCGCUUCGAAUUAAACCUAUUUUAUUUGUAAGGAUUUCUUGUCAUCCAAGCCGACCAAAAAGAAGAACAAAUAUCCAGUCCUCGAAACUUAUCAAUAGAAAUACUUAAAGAUUUCUGUAGUAUCAGUUAAAAAUGAAUUAUUGUCGAAAUGUGAAAACAAAAGUAUGAUGUAUUAUAAUAAAUUAACCAAAUCUCACUCAAA